CGCUGACCGCCCUCUAAGGAACAACAGCUGGAGGAACGACCUGUGUGCUGGUGACGCGACACAGAGGACGAGCACAGGCAGGACGUCGAAGGAGGAGGGCAGGACCACCAAAGGACACACAGGACUCCUAUCAUUGUCUAUCCAUCAUGUCACUUAAGACGUGGCUCAUAUACCGCUGGCGACAGAUUCUCGCUUGCGUGGUCCUGGUGUGCACGACGCUAUGCACGGGCUUCGUGGUGGGCUGGUCCGUCGAGGUCUCGCGGAUCAUGGAGGACCCAAAGACCAACUUCAACAUGACUCAGGAUGAUCAGCAGUGGCUCGUGUCCUGCGCCGGAAUAGCUGCAGUGUUCACAACGCUGGGCUCCGGUGUGGUCGUCGAAGCUAUCGGUCCCUGUCGCCUCCUCAGCUUCGCCCUGCUCCCCGCCGCCCUCGGAUGGGUCGUCAUGGCGGCCACGGACUCCCUGCCUUGGGUGUUCGUCGGCAGAGUCAUCACAGGAGGAAUGGGUCUCAUGAUGACUACCGUCGUGCAGCCUCUCAUCGCCGAAAUCUGCCAAGCCGACGUCCGGGGUCUCCUCUCCUCCCUCCCCGAGAUCAUGGUGAGCGUCGGGAUGCUGCUCAUCUACGUCCUGGCUCGGUUCCUGGACUGGGAGAGUGCGACGCUGGUGUGCGGAGUCCUGCUGUUCCCGGUGGCUGCGACGGUGCUGUUCGUCCCCGAGUCUCCCUACUGGCUGCUCAAGAACGGAAAGGAGAAGCAGGCGCUCAGGUCCCUGAUGAAGCUGCGAGCCCCGGAACAUGACGUCGACGCCGAACUCAGCUCCAUCCGCGACGCCCUCAACAGCCAGAACGGGUCCAUCGUCAAGCAGUUCAAAGCUCUGAAGGAGCCUGGCAAUUGGCGCCCCGUUCUCCUCGUCACGUCCAUCUUCAUCCUCCGUGAGCUGGGCGGCGCCAUGGUCAUUUUCAUGUACGCCGUGUACUUCUUCGAGAACGCGGGCGUGCAGCUGGACCCGUUCACGUGCUCCGUUCUGCUGGGCGUGUGCAGGGUGGUGUUCACCUUCAUCUCGGCCAUCACGAUCGACAAAGUCGGGAGGCGGCCGCUGCUCAUCUGCUCGUCCGUGGUCUGCGGCCUCUCCAUGUUCGUUACAGGUGGAGUCCUGUACAGCGGAAACGCAAACGUUUCCUGGAUCCCCCUGACGGCCGUGAUGGUGUACGUCGCAUCCUUCGGUCUUGGCGCAGGUCCUGUACCCUGGAUUCUACUGGGAGAACUCCUGCCCACGCCCGUCCGCUCUCUCGGCGCCUCCCUCUGCACUGGCAUCUUCGUACUCCUUCUCUUCGUCAUCACUGAGGUGUUCCCCGACCUCACGUCCACCAUCGGCCUCGAAGACGCCGUCCUCGCCUUCGGUUCCUUCUUCAUCAUCAUGGCUCUCGUCGCCUUCUUCUUCCUGCCGGAGACCAACUGCCGCACCCUCGAGGAACUCCAGCACGCCUUCGUGGGAGGCGCCUCCCUCACGUCCUUCUCCCACGCAGGAAGGGAGGGAUACACUCCAGCCUACGGAAGCACCUUCCCCUCCACGUCCCAGGCCACGGAGAAGGUGCACUAGUCUCCUCCAGGAUGCCAAUGAGGCGAACUAGUCAAGCUAAAGUCAAAUCCCCAAAUGUUGCCAAGACUAUCGAACACUCGUCACGCAUUUUCUGUUCUUCGGAUUUAGUUGACCUUUUUUUUUUAAUUGUUACGGGAUCCUGAUAAUAUGCGUGGAUCCAACUGAAAGCUGAAAGAAGUGUUUUACAUGUUUUUUUCUUUCUCUUUUUCAGCAAAUACUACUCAUUUCAGCAUUGGUUGUUACAAACAAAGAGUUUAUUGUCUGUGCUGUAUAGAGAUAAGAAAUAAAUAUCUUUUCUUUGCCAUUUCCACAGAUAGGCAAUGACUGUAAAGUAAUUUUAGCCAACUAUAGGAUGCUGCUGCCUCAUGAUACUGUAUUUAAUCUUUCUAACACAAAUAAAGUAUAUUUGGAAGAUAAAAAGUUACAUUACUUGUUGCAAAAUUUUAAUCCUUCUCAGUCACUGGUUUGUUUACAUUCUAUACAAGUAAAAGCCUGAAGAUCA